AUGACGAGACGAUUAGCUGUAUAUAAGAAGUGGUUUUCCUCUUCUUCGAUGCCUCCUCCCAGUUCAGCUGAAGCGACACACACUAAGACGGAAGAGGAGAAGUUCAUUCUGCAGCAGCUAAUCAUCAUCUUUAGCAUCUGCAUCAGCUCCACCAUGAAGAUGCUGACUGUGUCUGCACUUCUUUGUGGCAUGAUGGCCCUGACUAGAGCGGCUGCUCUUCCAGAGGCAUCUCCGGAAAAUGAUCAAACAGUAAAGAGUCACCUGGUCAAGAGGUCACCUUUCAACUACAUGAACUGGUGUCCUGGAGAGCCGAAUAACCACAGCGGCAGGCAGAGUUGCUUGCAAAUUAAUCAUGGAGCUGAAAAGUGCUGGGAUGACUAUCAUUGCCACUUUAAAAAACCAUCGGUCUGUGUCAAGAAAAUUUGAGGAUUCCUGUGCUGACACAGAGGCAUGAAGGCAUCUGGCUUUGUACCAUCAGUCUCACAUCGAGCUGACGUGUCUUUAUCUACCUUCAUAUCUUUAUCGCUGUAAUGCUGUUUAAGGAACGAAGCGACAAGCAACAUAAACUGGAGCUGGACUGUCUCUUUUGUGUCUUUGAUAAGAGCAGACUGAAUGUGUUAUGAAAAGAA